UAUAAUAUUAUUUAUAAUACUAUAUUUAUAUAUAGUAUUAUAAAUUUGAUGGAAGGUUUACAAACUUUCAAAUUUAAUUUUGUUGAUUCACACCACAACACCAUAAAUAAUUUUUUUUGAGAUUACAAUCAAGUCGCGUGUUAUACUUUUUAAUUUCAGAAGCGUGAUUGAGCAUUGAAAUUGAUGUUAUUUUUUUAUUCCACGUGUCAUCUGUCUAAACCGUCAUUGUGCUUUUUGAUUCCACGUUUCCUCACAUCGACUUACGCUCUCCUCACUUUCGGUUCUUCCAUCGACUUCCAUAAAUACUUUUGCUCAGAGCACGCACGAAAGGAAGUCGGAGAUGGUGAAAGAUGGGCGGCACAAGGCGUUGCGGAGGGUGGUGGGUUUGGGGUUCUGGGUGCAGGGGUUCCGGUGCUUCCCAUGGAUGGGCGUCAACUUUUUCCUCAAGGACGGCCUCGGCGUCGCCCCCUCUUCGUUGCAGAUCCUCCAAAACUCCUCCAAUCUUCCCAUGGUCGCCAAGCCCCUCUACGGCAUCCUCUCCGACGCCCUCUACCUCGCCGGCCAGCACCGCAUCCCCUACGUCGCUAUCGGAGCUAUUUUGCAAGCAAUCUCAUGGCUGGCAAUUGCUACAUUACCUGGGACAUCGCUUUCUAUUGCCAUGCUCACUCUCUUUCUCCUCCUUGGAAACCUUGGUGCCUCUAUAGCAGAGGUUGCCAAUGAUGCCAUUGUUGUGGAGGCUGGGAAGCAAUUACAUUCUCCAUCACAAUCAGGCCAACUUCAGUCCUUUGCAUGGAUGUUGGCUUCUCUUGGGGGCAUCCUUGGAAACAUCCUUGGUGGCAUAGCCAUCAAGGAGCUCUCUCCCAAAACUAUGUUCCUGAUCUUUGUAGUCCUCCUGGUUCUCCAAUUCUUCAUGACCAUCACUGUUUCUGAGAGCUCCCUUAACCUUCCCAAAAAGAUGAACCAUUCAUCAAGAUUCUCUAGCAUCUCAAAACAGAUAUCUGAGUUACAUGUUGCUCUUUGCAAUUCUGAGAUCAGCCGUUUGAUUGCGUGGUUCUCAACAUCUUAUGCUAUGAUUCCACUGCUGAAUGGCACCAUGUUCUUCUACCAAACCCAGCACCUAAAUCUUGACUCUUCAAUCAUCGGCUUCUCCAAAGUCUUUGGCCAAGCAGCAUUACUUGUUUGGAGUGUAGCCUACAACAAGCAGUUCAGGAAGUUUCCUGCAAAAAGAAUUUUAUGGGCAUUGCAGGUUGCAAUCGCCCUGUUUAUGGUAUCUGAUGUCUUGUUUGUAAAAGGAAUUUACCGAGAUAUCAGGAUUGCGGACUCCAUGUACGUGGUAAUCAUCUCAGGACUGCAAGAAUCUCUGUUCCAGUUCAAGAUUCUCCCUUUUAGUGUUCUCAUGGCACAGAUCUGUCCAUCUGGGUGUGAGGGGUCAGUCAUGGCAUUUUCAAUGUCAGCGGUGGCGCUUGCAACUAUUAUCAGUGGUUAUCUUGGAGUGGCACUUGCCAUAUCUGUAGGUGUAUCUGGUGCUGACUUCUCGGGGUUUUCAGUAGGCAUCUUGAUACAGGCAGCUUGCACAGUGCUGCCUCUCUGUUGGGCAUCGUGGAUCCCAGAUGGCAGCAGGCCUGUCAAGAAAGAAGAGUAGGCUGUGUAAACAUUUAAUGCAUUCCUUAAUAUUCUUUUGGGAUGUCCUUCCGUGGAAGUAUAUUUACAUCAUAGAACAGCGGAUGCAAGCUAGAGGCCAAUGCUGGAAGCUCAUCUUAUUUUGUGCUUGAGGCCCUCGUGCUAUGAUUCCCUGACCUGUCUCAAGGCUGGAAAACUCUCAAUUCUGUGAACGUGAACGUGUGUUGAUGUGAAUUGAAGCUUACAACUUUCUUGGUGCAAGAGGUUUUUGUCAAGACGUUUUUUGGUGAACCAACAAAUGUUACUACUUUGAUCAGUUCUAUCAUCUCAGCUAAAUCAUCAAUGAGGAAUGUUAUUUGCUAGCGGAUCCAUCAUCACUUACUCGCCGAGUUUCCUGCAGCGACAUAUGGUUUACAGCUACUAUGUGUGGGAUCUUCCAUCACCGACGAAGGGAAUUGUGCAUCUUAAAUCUCUUUUAUUAUGAUGCCUUGGAAACAAUGCUGCUUUAUAUUGUAAGAAAAGGGAAUCCUGUUUGUCCACUACGACCAUCUUCUCGUGACAGAGAAGUUUGUGCUCGAGUUAUAAAUGCCACAACGAGUGAAAUACCACGUGCCUCCUGCCGGCCAUGCACCAAAGCCCUCCUGCCUGCCUGCUUACCAUCGUCCUCCCAGCCUCCUCAUGGUGAGUGGCGACGAAGAAGUCGAGGGUUAGGCAGAGAGGAGGGAAGGGUUGCAUGGACUUAACCAGACUUGUAGAGUCGUGAGACAUUUUUAUAUUUUCCAUUCGUAAAAGGUUAUAUUAGAUGUAAUUUUGCUUAGGCCUUAAAAGAACUUGUAACAGAGAAUCAACUAAUUCAGAAAAUAUGUCGCAGAUAAGUUUUAAUGUCUUGCAAAAGGUUAUAGCUUUA